AAUUGCUAUCUUUAACUAGUUUACUUUUACAGGUUUAUCUAUGGCGGAACAGAAGUGGCAUUUCCGCCUUCGGCUCCCUUGGACAUCAUCAACGCCAGGAAAAGACCCUGCUGAUAAGUUUCAACCCCCUAAUCGGGCAACCAGCAGAACUUCUGAUCAGAAGCCAGUUUUUACGCCUCGAGCCUCAGCCUCAUCACGGUCUGCUCCUCCACGAACUCGAGCACCACCAAUAACAGAGUCUCAGCCACCUUCUUCAUCAAGUUCAACUACUCGAUCCAGAGCUGCUCUGCCACGGGCAUCAGCAUCCAGCGCAGUAGCUCGGCCUCGAGCUGCCUCUCAACUUCCCGUACCACCCCGUGCAGCAACACCACCCCGUGCAGCAACACGGCCUCGAGCUGCCUUUCAACCUCCCAUACCACAUCAUGCAGCAACACGGCCUCGAGUUGCCUCUCAACCUCCCAUACCACAUCAUGCAGCAACACGGCCUCGAGCUGCCUUUCAACCUCCCAUACCACAUCAUGCAGCAACACGGCCUCGAGUUGCCUCUCAACCUCCCAUACCACAUCAUGCAGCAACACGGCCUCGAGCUGCCUUUCAACCUCCCAUACCACAUCAUGCAGCAACACGGCCUCGAGCUACCUCUCAACCUCCCGUGCCAACCCGAGAAUCAACUGCCACUAUGCCACCAUCACCACCUCAUGUGUUCCCUCAAGCCGGGGACUGGGUUACAACCCCUCAAUCACCAACCCCUCCGUUAACAGAGUCUGAAGCUGCUGCUUCUCAACCUCCAACACCAACCCGUGUAGCAAAAGAAACCCAAGCUGCCGAUAAGCCACCAUCACCACCUCGUGUGUCCCCUCCUCAACCCCAGGUUAGCCCCUUCCUAUCUAUCUCAAUUUCUGAGACUCAAUCAGCAUUACAAGCAGCUGCACAAUCUCAAUCCCCGCCAAAAUUGGCCUCUAAUCUCACUGAGCAGACAUCAUCACCACAAUCCCCAAUGGCCUCUCAACCUCCAAUAAGUGCAGCAAAAGAACCUCAAUUUACCACUAGGCCGCCAUCACCACCUGCUGUGAGCCCUGGACCCCAGGUUACCCCAUCCCCCCCUCUCACAAUUUAUGAGUCUCAACCAGCAUUACAGGACGCUGCACAAUCUCAAUCCACGUCAAAAUUGACCUCUCAACCCACUGACCAGACAUCACCACAAUCCCCAAUAGUCUCUCAACCUCCGACAAGUGCAGCAAAAGAACCCCAAACUGCCACUAGGUCCCCAUCACCACCUCCUGUGAGCCCUAAACCCCGGGUUACCCCAUCUCCAUCUCUCACAAUUUCUGAGACUCAACCAAUAUUACAAGCAACUGCACAAUCUCAAUCCUUGCCAAAAUUAGCCUCCCAUCCUGCUGCUGAGACAUCAUCACAGCCAUCUUCUCUCUCUUUCAAGUCCAUUCAAACAAAACCAGAGGAAGAACCAAAGCCCCCACCUCCAUCUGUCUCUAAUGAAGAAGAACAAAGGCCAUCAAGGUCUCAGCCUGAGCUACAAGAUUCACGCCCGGAGGAAGAGAGGACGAUGAGCCCAACAAAACAGAGGACCUUUCAGGCUAGUGCGAUGCCAACCUGGCCUUCAGAAACACCACUCCCCGCUGCAGUAGCUGCACCAGAACCCGAUGUACGAUCAGAAAAUUUUAUACCAGGGAAGGAACUGAACACCAGUAUCGUCACUGAAGAGCCCAGACCAAGGACUAUCACUGAGCUUCAUGCCGGGCCGAUGCAUCCCAGUGUUCCAUUAGACUCGGAGCCGAAUCAGAUGGAGAAGGAAGCAAUUCUCAAUAGAAUGGGUGGAUUAGACACCUCCAGUUCCAAUAUUGAACGAAUUAAAGGAAUGAUGGAUGAUAUAUCAACGUUUGUUAAUAAGGUGGCUGCUCAACAGCAGAAGCUGACAGUGGACGAGAAAGCAAUCGGUUUAAUAACCAUUGCUGGUGAAAAUAGGGGAGCAUCCAUGCAACUAGCUUGCGAUGCGGCAAGGAAAGGAGUUCCAGUCCCGAUAAAAAGGCGAUACAAGAACGACCCAGAUGAGAUAUCUGAAGCUACUAGUGAUGGAGAGGAAAGGCCAGAAUAUCUAGAAAAUGGAGAUCAACCAGGAAGAGCCUUCAAUUACAUAAACAGCAAUACGCAGAGCGUCAACAGCUCCAUUUUGCUUAAUAGGUCCAUUGGCGAAGCAAAGCCUGGUGUGCCUUCUUAGGAAUUUGUUCACUAAAACAGUAGACUGGAGACGACGAGGUAGAUUUUUAUGUCAUAAUUGUUAUGCGAGGAGAUAGCACAUACAUUGUGCAUAUAACAGGAAUAAUGGUAGUUCAUUGCAAUUAUGCUGCAUCUUCUUGUGAUUUUUG